AAAAUGGUCCAAUAGUCACAAUCAACGGCCAGCUGACCCAGUGACAUUGAUUAAGAUUUUGGUUGAUUAUUAGUGACACUAGUGAUAGUGAAAUAGCAUUAUUCGAUAUAAAAAAUUAUCCCACAGCGUGAAAAAUGUAUCAGCUAACUAUAUAUAGUAUGGUUCUUUGAAGUUUACACAAUUUUCUUCAAGACAUUCAUUAAUAAUAAGAGCAACCAAAGAAUAUUUGGAAAAAAUGUGGACUGCUAGUUCAAUUGUGAGUGGUUUUUCUAAACUGUGCUGCAGAAGUUUUUUAAACUCAAGGAAACUAGUGUUAAAACAUAAUCGGACGUUUUGUUACAAUUCUGUAAAAAAAGAGUUGAAUAACAAACCAGCCUUUAGUAUAAAUGAUUAUGAUUGUAUAGGAUUCGAUUUAGACAAUACUCUAGCGCGUUAUAAAAUAGGGAAUAUGUUGGAAAUGGAAUAUAAGAUAGUUUCAAAUUAUUUGGUAACCCAGAAGAAUUAUCCAACAGAAGAUUUAUUGAAACCUAUCGAUCCCAACUUUUUUAUAAAAGGGUUGAUUAUAGAUGAUGAAAACGGAAAUAUCAUCAGAAUAGGACCGGAUGGGACAAUUUUACAAGCUACUCAUGGUACGAGAUGGUUGAGCAAGGAAGAAAUAUUACAUUAUUAUCCUACUCUACAUUGGCAUGCUACUGAUUUAUUUGUGGAGAAUCCUUUACAGACUUGGAAUGGACCUUAUUCAGAAAAAAUGAGAACUUUGUUAGAUUAUUUUGAUAUAGUAAUAAGCUUAGUUUUUGCUAGGGCUGUAGAUAGUAUAGACAAAUUAUAUGGCCGUAGAAAAGUCUAUAACAUCUGGCCAGAUCUUCUUAAUGCCUUGAUGUACAUGUUUAAUAGAGAACAUUAUGAAACUGAUACUGGUGAAUAUUUUCCAGAAAUGAAAAAAAAUCCUGAUCAUUAUUAUUAUUCUUGUACGCCAAAUCUUAUCAAUUGGCUCCAAGAAUUGCGAAACACUGGUAAAAAACUUUAUCUAAUAACAGGAGCUCAUGCAGAUUUUGCAAAUCACACGGCUACCAGCACUCUAGGUCCAAAUUGGAGAGAUUAUUUUGAUAUUGUUGUAUCUUAUGCUAAGAAACCAGGGUUUUUCAUUUUAGAAAGGGAUUUCAUAGGUUUAGAUGAAUCAUUUAAAGAAACUGGCCCAGUUACCAAUCUACAGAAAGGCGCAAUCUAUACCCACGGCAACUGGAAGGGUCUAAAAGAUUUUUUGAUCAAUUCAUCCAAUAUUUCUAACCCCAAAUUUGUAUACAUAGGAGAUAAUCUAGUGCAGGAUAUUUAUACUCCAAAUGUGCAUUCUCAUUGUGACACUGUUAGUGUUUGUGAAGAACUGGAAGCCGAAAACACAUAUGAUUAUCUUGGACAACACCCCGAUAAAUACUUUUUAUCAUCUACAUUAUGGGGAUCAUAUUUCCAAUGUAAAUAUUCACAAGAAAGAACCAUUUGGUAUACUAUUAUGAAGAACAAUUCAAAGAUUUGUGUACCUAGCAUCGAAUAUCUGGCAAAAUAUCCACUAGAUCAUCAAUUUCAAUGUUUAAUAUGUUAGAGUAUUUCUUAAGAGUAGCAGUUUUACCUUUGAUUCAUAAUUAUAAUAAUGUUGUGUAGGUUGUGAAUAAUUUAUGGCAAAUAUUAAUAACAAUAACUAAUAUAAAUAAUUCUUCACAUAUGUGUAUAAAUGGGAAUUUGCUUUUGAAUUUAGCAAUUUUUCCUGAUUUUCAGUCAUCUGUGCAAACUUAAUAUCUCAUAUUUCUUAUAUGUUAUCCAUUUUGUUUCUACAAAUCUUUUUUUGUUCUUCCUAUUGUGCAUUUUUUUCAUACUGCUGUUGCAAAUUCUUGAUUCAGGAAGUUCUUCUUCGACCAACAGAUCUUUCACAUAUUAUUUGCUGUUGAAUAACUUGGAGGGGUAUUAUUUCCACAUUUUUUAAUAUCACAUAGUAUUUCCAUUUUCUUCUGUUUUUGGCUAUUGUUAAAUUAUCGUGAUGUUUUAAGAAUGUCUUGAAAGAUGAGGCGAUAAUUUUGAUAACCGAAAAGAGUUGUUGUUUGUCUUUUAUUACUAACUACAUUAACUAUAUGUUGUCCAUGCUUCCUGUUGGAAUUUAAUCUGGUAAUCAUGAAUCAAAUUAUGAAUAUAAUGGUUGUAUUGCAAUUCAAUUAAUUAUUAGGGAAUCCUGAUGCUAAGAAAAAAAGAGUCGUUUGAAAAUGUGUCAGUUGUGGUGGUAUCUGUAUAAAGUAGACUAUAAUUUCAAGAAUGUUGUUCUUCGGAAAUUUCAUUCAUUUGUUAAUUAAAUUGAUAUGUUGUACAAUGCUUUUGUAAGAAUCCAAACUGGCAAUGAUUAAUCAAAUUAUAAUAUAUAUAGGAUGGAUGCAAUGCAAUUUAACUUCUACGGUAAUAUAUUUUAUUUAGAUAUUAGGGGAUUUACUCAAUUGUAUGUGGUAAUUCCAAUUCAUCUAGUGUUCACAUUUUUGUUUGUACUGGAAGUUAGUAAAUUGUAAAUCAUGUUCAAACAACAACCUUUAGUACCUAAUAAUUUGUAGGGAAUUGAAUAUAUAAAGUUGAUUAUUAGAUUAAAAAGCUGCUACUUUUAAAAAUAUAGAAGAUGUAGUUGAAUAUUUAGAGAUGUGAUAUAAUUGUUUUAGAGUAUUAUUAAAACUGCUGGUUUUAAACAAAUUCAUAAAUGAAUCGUUUAACUAACAAGUUUUUAUUUAAUAGUUACUUCAUUAUAUGGGUUGUUUUGAAAUUGAUUAAAUGAAGCAGUAUUUUUAUAAUUAAUUUAUAUUCUUAAUUCUAUCAAGUGUAUGACAUGUUUCAUGUCGAUAAUAUAUUAUUGUGUCCUUUGUUUAUUAUUCAA